AUGCCUUCCUGCCCAUCGGCACAAUGCUCUUUAUCCCUCCAGGAUAAGUUCUUCAACUCUGUUGAAGAGUUGAUGACACAUGCCAACGCUGCACGUGGGUCACAUCCCCUGUGCGUUGAAUGUCAGCGAGUUUUCAAGGACAGACCGUCCUACAUCCAGCACAACGAUACCAAGCAUACGAUAUAUUGCGAAAAAUGCGACAGGAAAUAUCACUCGCAGACAGCCUUGGACCAGCACUACCGCGCAUCGGCUGCUCAUCCAAAGUGCCGGCGAUGCAGUGUCGGGGUAAGAGACAAAGAUGCACUUGCUGUGCAUAUGGCAGAUGAGCAUCCAAGAGUAAAGUGUUGCGGGUUGAGCAUGUUCAAAGAUGAAUUGGACAAGCAUUACCUUAAUUCUUCAAACCACCCGCAUUGCGAACAAUGCUUUACUGGCUUUGUGAAUUCGACAAAGCUUGUCGAGCACGAGCUUGCGAAACAUACAGAGCAGGAUCAGGAGCCGGAGCAAAUCCCCGCAGUGCGCUGCGAUAUCUGCGAUAUCGCGUUCACCUCCAUGGAUCACCUCAACGAUCACAACAGCGAUCCAGGCGUCCACAGCUCGUGCGGUAUAUGUCAUCAGAUCUUCAAGGACACACCUACGAAGAUAGAGCACUUCACCACUACACACGUCCCCCAGGAGCCUGAUUCGAUGUCAUCCAGUAAUAUAUCUCCGAAUAAGGUUGGAUCGUGGCGUAGGCAAAGUCUGCCACCAUCAUCUAAUGCGAUGUCUCAGCACGCAUAUCGACAGCCAAAUGCUCUGCUUGAUCAGACGACCAAUGUGCCAUCGAGAUCUGCAACACUUGAGACUCCUAAAGGUUCAGCGGCAUUCUCCCACCCCCGGAUUGUCGCGAAUAGAAUAGAAUCACGAAUACUAUCGGACACAUUAUAUUCCAACCAUACAUCAAGCGGUAUUACGAGUCCACAUGUACCAACAUCAGCCAUGAAUCGUACUGGAGUGGCGUCUCCGAAAAGUGCAGAUUUCAUCAACGAUAUCUCAGACGCUCAUACGAGCCCCUGGUCGGGUUUCAAGACGGUUGAUCGCAGUCGAACGAUGCGUGCUGACUCCGCUACUUCAUCUGGUUCGUCGCAGCCUAGCAACGCUUGGAUCCGCCAAUCCCAGUUAGAGAGGAAUAGCUUCAUACCAGAUUAUGUGGCUACGCCACCCGCUUUUAUUACAUCUUCCCGUGAUAGGAUACCGCCGCCACCGCCCCUCACGACACUCCCGUCGACGACAUCCGCUAUGCACACGCCGAUCAAAUCGCACCCGCUCUCACCAUCAGAGCCAUCUUCAUCCCAUUCAAGGAUUUCGUUCGCCGAGACCCCCUCUGGUGAUCUCUCGAACUUUCACUUACUCAACGGCGGUACAGAUGGCAGUCCCACAGGCUCGACGGACAGAUGGAAGCGCGAUGAUCUCAAAGACUUGGAGAGUGCGGUAGAGAUGGACGUAUUCUCAGUGUCCACACCGUCACCACCGCCAGGGUCGAUGACUCCCCAAUCGAUUCUUCCUAUGCCAAGGAGUCGUGCGUCUCUGUCCUUGGCGACUCUUGUGCAAGCGACGCCCACAAACGGUGGCAUACAAUCCAAGUUUCAUUGUCGCUUGUGCGCCCUCGACCCUUGUAAUGAGACGACAGCCACGGCUUGUGGUCAUAUAUUCUGUAAUAGGUGCAUCGUGGAAGAAGUGCGGAGGAAUGCACGUUGCCCUGUCUGUCAUGCUGCAAUACUCUUAUUUGCGCUGCUGAAGCUAGACCUUGUGGCCUGA